GAGAGUGUGAAACAGAAAGGGUGAGUGGGCGUUAGUGCAGAAAGAGAGGAGUGAAUCAGUGGUGUGGUCUUCAGUGUCAACAGUGGGUACUCCAGUAGCAGUCAAACAGUGAGUAGGGAGGCGAUGUUCAUCUAUCCAGCCAAAGGUAGUGAAUAAGAAGGGGUUCAUCUAUCCAGUCUAAGGGGUCUGUGCUCUUGUUGGUGGGGUAGGAGCAUGUCUGACAUGGGGCCUCUACAGAGGAUGCUGAACCGGACCAGCCUCUCCACACAGAGGCUCCUCCACACACACAUCCUGGGUCUGGGAGAGUAUUUUCUCCCUCCGUCCACCUCUACAAGCACCAGCCAGGACCCAGGGCCAUCCUCUUUCUCCCCCCACACCGAGCAGCCAGAGGUGGGGGCCACACAGGGGGAGUCCCCCUGGAUGGCAGUGUUUCUGCAGAGGGCAGAGGAGGAUAAAGAGAAGUCACUGAAACAACAGGAAGAGUGUCUGCAGGUGUGCUUCAAAGAGGCCUUAUUGGCAAGGGAGAGGCUGGAGGCCGAGCAGAGGCAGGGGGAGCGGGUAAAGCAGCAGGCCCAGUUUGCGGAGCGCUGUGUGGGGCUGCGGGAGGAGAUCGAGAGGGAGAUGAGGCUGGCGGUGGAGGAGACCUGCGGAAGGAUGAGGUUGGAGAUGCAGAGAGAGGUGGAAGAGGAGAGACAGAGAGAAGUAGAGGCCAUGGAGGCAAAAGUACAGGAGAAUGUAAAGAGGCUUGUUCGGGAAACAGAGGUGUGUGUGCGACAGCAGUGUGAAAGAGAGGCACAGAAGGACCUACAGAUUCUCCAGGACAGACAUACUGUGGAACUCGCUCUAAUGCAAAGCCGGUACAGGCAGCUGGAGCAGGGUCUGGCCAGAGUCACAGGGGAGAGGAUGAGAUAUGAGACAGAGUUUAAGAGGUUACAGUGUUGUUACAGACAGUUUGUGGAUCUGACCGAGUCCUCCCUCCACUCUGACUACCUGCUGAAGCUCCGUCGCCUGGGCAGAGAACCUGGCUAUACAGACGUGGCGGUCCAGACGGAUGAUGUCAUCAACACACGACACUUUACCUGAUGAUGCACAGACAUUGACUUGCUACCUACAGCUACAGCAUUGCUGUUGCCUGUGUGCACAGAUCUAGGAUCCGAUUAUUCUUCUCCAUCCUGAUCUUAACUACUAUGGGGAAGAAUUCAACACUGACAUUAGAUCAAUGUUUAGGAGCAACUUCAUCCAACUCCUUACCAGUUGAACUCACAGAUGCCUCUCUGGUCUGUCAUCAUCAGCAAUGUGUCCAUAUAGGGUAUGAAGGUCGUAUGUAUUCGGCAAUAAACUGAUACCAUUUUAA